GCGGAAGCGGAAGCGGCUCUGUUCGCCGCCUCUCCCACCGGCCCGAUGAGCUGCAGCGGCUCCGGCGCGGACCCCGAACCGGCGCCGGCCUCCGCCGCUUCGGCCCCGGGCCCAGCGCCCGCGGUGUCGGCCCCCACCGCGCUGCCCGCCAGUACCGCCGCAGAGAACAAGGCCAGCCCCGCGGGGACAGCAGGGGGACCUGGGGCUGGAGCCACGGCUGGGGGCACGGGACCCUUGGCGGCGCGGGCCGGGGAGCCAGCCGAGCGGCGCGGGGCGGCUCCGGUGUCGGCGGGCGGCGCGGCGCCCCCAGAGGGGCCCAUGUCUAACGGGGUUUACGUACUGCCGAGCGCGGCCAACGGAGACGUGAAGCCAGUGGUGUCCAGCACGCCUCUGGUGGACUUCUUAAUGCAGCUUGAGGAUUACACGCCUACGAUCCCUGAUGCAGUGACUGGUUACUACCUGAACCGUGCUGGCUUUGAGGCCUCAGACCCACGCAUAAUUCGGCUCAUCUCCCUAGCUGCCCAGAAAUUCAUCUCAGAUAUUGCCAACGAUGCCCUACAGCACUGCAAAAUGAAGGGCACAGCCUCCGGCAGCUCCCGGAGCAAGAGCAAGGACCGCAAGUACACUCUAACCAUGGAAGACUUGACCCCUGCCCUCAGCGAGUAUGGCAUCAAUGUGAAGAAGCCGCACUACUUCACCUGAGCCACCCAACCUAAAUGUACUUGUCUGUCCCCAUGUCCCCACAUCAGCCUGUUUUCAUAAUAAACUUUAUUGUGACA